AUGAGCGUGCUGAAGCACCUGCGCGACUCCUGGCUCGAGAUCCAGCCGUGCCCUGCCGCGCUCAAAGCCAAGCUUCGCGACCUCACUGAGUCGCACAAGUCUUGGCGGAAGGGCCUGGGCUUCUCGCACAAUGGCGGAGAGGUUGACCAGAGCUGGAAGGGUGAGUGGCCAGUCUACAUGGACAUCGCCGUAGAACUAUUUUCGGUCGUCUUCGACAACACGCGCGACUCCGACAUCGAGGAACAGUGCAAGAAGGCUUCUGCCGAGGAGUUCGUUGAGCAACACUUAGGGUCGCACCUGAACGACUGGGCGGAGUGCUUCAAGACCGAGGAUAAGCAGAAGGAGGACGCGGGUGCCGCCGUCAGCGAGACAGCCCCUGCGCCGCAGCGCUCUAUCCCAGCGCAGGUCAAGGAGGCGCCGCCCGAGAUCUCGAAGGCGAUUCAGGACAUGGGCUUCACCCUCAAGGACCCCGAUGACGUCGAGACUUUGCAGGCUUUCUACUCGAAAGCAAGGACGCUCGUUCGCACCUUCGUUACGCUGGUCCCAGAGGAAGCAACUGUGGGCAAGAUGGUGUCGAAACUCGAGGAGCUACCGAUUCAUCGAGUGCAGGGCAAGAGCAUGGAGUCGCACACUUCCUACUUCGCUUUCCUGUACACCUUGAACUUGAGUGGCGAGGUCGCCACUGCGCCACAUGUUCGGAUGAUGUCCUAUAGGAGAGACGCCUACCAAAAAGCAGUGGACGUCUUCCUGGGGUUUCGCGGGUCGCCUACUGUUUUCCCGGACACCGACGUAGCGAUCGUGCUGGACGGCUACAAGCAUGGCCUGAAGGCGCAGAUGUUCAGCGCGUGGCAAGUGGACGGCAAGGCUGUCAUGAAGGACGAGACUACGUACUCUCUGAUCUACGACGCCGACCAGCUGCAGAGUCGCCUCGGCUGCAUCCGUGGAUGGAAGAUGCAACAAGUGGAGUGGAUGCAUGUGAUUCACAACCCGAAUGGCCUCAACCUCAAGAUUCGCAAGAGGCUCCUCUACGAGGGAACCAAUCGCUGGGAGAUCAUGCAGCCAGUCCGCUUCAACGAGUGGAAGGACUCGUGGCACAUGUCCUACGAGGAGAAGCUCUCUUUUUUCGGAUCGCAUCGGCAUGACGUUGGAGGCUCGAGCGGGAUCCCUGUGCCCAAGAGGAGCCCGAAGGAUUCCGAGCCCCUGCUCUACCACUGCCCUGAGCCGAACUUGUUCGACGAGCAGUACCGUUGCUUCGACAUGGCUGGGGCCCUCGACUGGAACGCCGGUGAAGGCUUCGCGGCCGUUCCCUUCAUCCGCUGGCGUAAGCCGUACGUGGGAAUUUGCUUCAAGAUGUCGCACGUGACGGGCCUGUACCAACGCCUGGAACCCCUCGUGCUGAUGUGCAUGCUCAGGGUGGACGACGAGCUGCACGACCCCAAGUUCGCAGCGCUCAUGGAGAACAGCUCCUCCAAGAAGGAUGAUUCUAAGCCUCAGCCUAAGAUGAAGCGGACGAGCAAUCGUGGUCAGGGUGGCUCCGAGUCUAAGCCCGACGGCGAUGACGAGACGCCACCCAAGAAGGCCAAGACGGGCAAGGGAAACAAAACGGACAAGACGAACAAGUCGGAGAGCCGCGCGGAGCUGCUGAAGUUGUUGGAGGGCAUGGGGAAAGGCCCCAAGAAGGACAAGGCCGGCAAGGCGGAUGCCUCCCUCGAGAGAAUGGCCUGGCAGUGCAGCCUUCUGAACACCUGGCUCAGUUGA